AUGAGUCAGCGGAGCAAGAGCUCUCCCCAGAGCUGGGAUGCCUAUCACCGUGGACGAGCCUCCUCGGCUGGCUCGCUCGAGUCCGUGCCAGAGGGCGAACAGACUGCGAUCCUCUCCUCCUCUGCCGCAUCCGGACCUAGGAAUGUCCCAGAAGGAGAGCUGAGAAGACGUCGGUCCUCUGUUACUGCGAGAAUCAACUCUAUACGUCAGAUGGGUGGUCCCAACAGCAUGGAUAACUUCGCACGGUCAUGGCAAAGAGCUGCGGGCUUCAGAGAGAUAACGCCUAUUCGGAGGCUGUCGCAAGCGACAUCCCAGGAGGGUCAAGAUGACGACGAAGCCGGGAUUGGCGCAAGAUCUCAAGGCCCGUCACCACAGACUAGGUCCUUGCUGCGACAGCAAUUCGAGGCAGCUGGUGGCCAUGGUUCAAACGACACGGCCAUACAGGACCCCAAUGGCGAACAGUCUGAGCCAUCCGAAACUACAAAGCUCCUUCAGCCACAUCCCAAGCCCUCCGUUCAAGACUCGCUGAGGAUGAGGGCCAGCGUGGCCGCGUCAAGUUUCGGCCAGAGCUAUGGCAGCAUCUCCUCGCGUCUCACGGCGAAAGCACAGCGACGUGCCUCCAUCCUCAUCGAACAGCAACGCGAAGCCAGCAUGCGAGCCUUGGAAGACGAAGACGACGAAUUCAAGGAAGAACUGGCGCGGCAUCAUGUUGAGCAAGAAGUCAGGCCAGACGGCGAAGUCAUCGAGCGCGUUGUCGGUGAAUCCACUGUGCCACAAACCAUUUUUAACUCAGUCAACGUGCUGAUCGGGGUGGGCAUUCUUGCUCUGCCGCUCGCCGUACGACUCUCUGGCUGGGUCAUGGGGCUGAUCUUUCUUCUCCUCGCUGCUCUCGUCACAAAUUACACCGCAAGGCUGCUUGCGCGCUGUCUGGACACGAACUCGGGAGCUACUACCUAUGGCGACAUCGCAUUCCUUGCUUUUGGCACUAUCGGGCGUAAUUCGAUCGAAGCACUCUUCAUUCUGGAGCUUACGGCGGCCAACGUGGCGCUGAUCAUCCUCUUCGGUGAUACGAUGAACAGCCUAAUUCCCUGUGUCCCAACUCUGACUUGGAAGUGUGUCGUGGCACUUGGUCUGAUGCCUCUAAACUUUGCGCCGUUCAAGUAUCUAUCGGUCACAUCCAUUCUUGGUAUAAUGUGUACCUUGGGGAUAAUAUUCAUCGUUCUCAUUGAUGGAUUCCUGAAGCCACAAGCACCUGGAUCCCUCCGCGAGGUGGCUGUUACAUACGCCUUUCCACAGAACUGGCGCACCAUCCCUCUGUCGCUUGGUCUCUUCAUGGCACCUUGGGGCGGCCACUCUGUAUUUCCCGCCAUUUACAAAGACAUGCGGCAUCCCCAGAAGUACACCAAGGCCCUCACAUAUACCUAUAUCUUCACCUACGGUCUGGAUCUCUCCAUGGCAGUGCUUGGAUACUUGAUGUUCGGCGAUUCGGUGCGUGAUGAAGUGACGACCAAUCUGCUAAAGAGCACUGCCUACCCACAUGCUCUGAAUGUACUGACUGUCAUCCUCAUUUCCAUCAUCCCCAUCACGAAAAUUCCGCUCACCAACCGCCCAAUGACCGACACCAUCAAUAAGAAAUUCCUGAUUGACCUACGUCAGAUGGAGCCCAAGGCGAGGCAAUACAGUGAGAAGAGCUGGAAGCAUAACCUCGCGCGCUGUGUCAUCGCAUGCUCAGCGAACAUCAUUCAACUCGGUGUGGCGAUAUUACUCCCGGAUUUCGAUAGCAUCAUGGGGUUGAUGGGAAGCGGUCUGUGCUUUACAAUCUGUGUCAUUAUGCCUGUGGCUUUCUAUUUGAAGAUCUUCAGCAGAGAGGGCGAUGAGAUUAGUGCGAUGGAGAGAAUCCUGGGAUGGGUGCUCAUUGUAAUUUGCACGAUACUGGGGAUCAUCGGCACGGUGUUUGCCCUGUUGCCAAAGGAAAAGCUUGGGUUGGCUUCUUGA